GUUGGACCACAACUCCCAGAAUUCCCCCGAACCAGCAAUAGUGGACCGGGAUUCUGGCAGCUGUAACAAUCAUUGUUUUCAAAACUCCUAACGUUUCCAUGCUCUUCAAAAGCGUAUUGCCUGCCUCUUGGUUUUGACUUUUCUCCUUCUUGUGGACCAACACUUCUCCUUUGAUUAGAUAUCAAGAUGACCCCGAACGACGACAAAUCCUCAGUAAAUUUGGUGCAAAAUUCCAGAAUCGUACACUUUUGCUUAUUCACACGUUUUUAUUGAGGAAGUUAAAAAAGAAGCAAGGCAGUUUACACCCUACCAACACAGUUCCACCAAAAAGCCCUCAAGCGACCAAUUCGCUCUGGACCGGGCGGCUCGGAAUGGGUUACAAGGGGCGGCGCGCCGGUUGUCAGGCGGAGAUGAAAAGAAUCGAUUUGAUUGGUCUCGCCGGAGCAAAGCGAGCGGCGAUUGGUUGCGGAAGUUUAGAGGAGGUGGGCGGUGAUGGCCGCGUGGAGGUUAUCUUCUGUGAUGCUCGUAUAGAAGUAAGUGCUUCAUCAGUCAACAUAUAUCAUGCUUUCUCGACCUGAAGAAUUAUAUAAUUUUAUUUUUCACAAAUUCUUCAAAUACCUAUUUUUUCUUCCCCUCUGGAGCACAAUGCGUGUUUGCUGGCUAGUAAGCAGAGAUAGAAGCUGUCGGCGCAUUAAACUACCACACUUAGAAAUGGUGGUGAUAGGGCGUGGCCCUGAAACGGAGAUAACAGACCAGAAGUGUUCACGAAGACAAGUGCAGCUAAAAGCAGAUUGCAACAAAGGUUAUGUCAAGGUUAAACAGAUAGGAGUCAACCCAACUAGUGUUGACCUAGUGGACAUCGGCAAGGACCAAGAAAUUAAGCUGAAGCCAGGACAAGUUCUCUAUGUUGUCAAUAAGCUAUACCCAUACACUGUGCAAUUCCUAGAGGAAAUGGGAUCAUGUGCUGGUAAGGAAGCAGCAGAAACCAGAGGUGAAAAAAGGCCACAAAAUCAGCCCGAGAACAGCAGUGUGGAAAGUAUCUCAGGAAAACGUGCUAAAACGGAGCAACAAGACGAUGGUUCAGGUUACAAGUUAAGUGACGUCAAUAAUUCUGUUUCAUCAUGUGAAACUUCUUCAAGCGAAAAGGAGUGUUUGACACACUGGAAUCAAGGUCUGAAGGUUUCCAUGAAAAACCCGGAUUUGCAGAUUUACAAGGAUGAAAGGGCUGUAGUUAUAAAGGACAAGUUUCCAAAGGCUCGCUAUCACUGGUUAGUGUUGCCAUGGGAAUCUAUUCCAACUCUGAGUGCUGUAACUCCAAAGCACCUGGAACUGCUGGAACACAUGCAGGCGGUUGGAGAAAAGAUAAUCCAGCAGUGCUCUGAGAGAGACAGGUUGCGCUUCAGGCUGGGCUACCAUGCAAUCCCCAGUAUGAGCCACCUACAUCUUCAUGUCAUCAGCCAGGAUUUUGAUUCUGAGUGUCUCAAAACCAAGAAGCACUGGAAUUCGUUUACAACCAAAUAUUUCAUAGACUCCAAAGAUGUGAUUAAGAUGGUGAAGAAGAAAGGAGGAGUAACUGUAGACAGGAAUGUGGCUCAACUCCUGAAACUGCCUCUGAAGUGUCAUGUUUGCAACCAGCAGCAACCAACCAUCCCUCAGUUAAAAGAACAUCUAAAAGAACAUUGGCCAAAAUAAUGUGGGGCAUCUUGGUCCUAAUCCCUUCAUGACCAUUUUACUGACUGUUGGUUUAAAAAGUGUUCCUAUGUAAACCAUAUUGUGCUAUUUUAUUAAAUGCAACAAAACAUUUUAAUAUUAUUUAAUAUUAUUUUGGGGUUUUUUUUUUUUGCUGAUGGUGGUUUAAGAAUGGCAUGAGAAAAAUAUUCUAGCUGAAUGUUUUCUACAGUGGGCUCUACCUGAUCUUUUGCAGCUGGUCCUCAUCCAUUUGUCCUAAAUAGAUGAGGAUGGGUCCUCAUCCAAUGGGUCCAAAGUUUCAAACAUGAAAUGCUUAAUUUUAGAUGGUCCCCAAGUUGAAAAAAUGGAUGCGGAUAAAGAAGCCAUUUUUCAACUUGGGGACCAUCUAAAAGGAGGCAUUUCAUGUGUGAAACGUUGGACCCAUUUCCAAAGUAGGAUUUAAGAUGUUAGAGAGGGAACAAAAUAUAUGUUAUUUGAAUGUAUCCAAAGAAUGUAUAAAUAUUCAAAUUAUAAUAUCAAAUGCAAGUUCAUGUACCCAUUCAGGACAGUCUUUCUACGUUUAAAGUUUGAAUCUCAAUUCUGUUUCUAUAUCUUUCAAAGGAGCUAUUGUGGAUAUACAUGUGCAAGGAUAUAGCUCAUUUAGAGAUUCUGCCAGAAGACUACCAUUUCAAACACUGCACCUACUUUGCUGGAUGUGGAGAUGCCACAUAAGUUACAAUAUAAUUUCUGAAAUAAGAUCUCUUGUAGUACAGUAAAUAAAAAGCAUCUUUGUGUGACA